AUGCUGACUUCCAUCCAGCAGAGACCUUUUUGUAUUGUUCUUCUCGUGACCGUGUGGACCGGCAUCAGCUCAGAUGCGGAGAGACUCUUCCACCAGCGCGACCAUUCUGACCUGAAGAGUGAGAGCCAGCACCGAGCUCAGCCAAUCACAGACAGCCACACUGCAGAGCUGUUCCUGUCUAAAUACGGGUUCCUGAAGCCGGUGAACUGGGAGGAUUUCCUUUUCCAGGAGCCAGAGGAGCCAGACUUUUCCUUCUUGGACCUGCAUGAGUUCAGCCUGGAGGAGGGUUCCGCUGCCUCCCGCUCUCGUGAAGACCCCAAACCAACACUACACGACCCACAAUUCACCGGUGCGCUCCGAGACUUCCAGGUGCUGUCUGGACUCCCAGUGACCGGGGUUUUGGACGAGGCCACAAAAGAAGCCAUGAACCAGCCCCGGUGUGGAGUCCCAGACAUAGAAGCAGAGUUUACCGAAGAAGCUCUGGAGAAUUUGGAGAUGGGAGAUUUGGACAAGACUCGUAACCAUAGACGCAGAAACGUUAAAGGUCUUCGAGGCCGUGUCCGCAGAGACGCAGACGGUUUUGCGGCGUUUUCGAAGUCCGUGCUGCGAUGGCGUCUGAUGGGAGAAGGUUACAGCAGCCAGCUCUCGGUGGAGGAGCAGAGGUACGUGUUUCGACUGGCCUUCAGGAUGUGGAGUGAAGUCUGCCCCCUGGACUUCAUCGAGGACACCACGUCGCCGCUGGAGGAGGUAGACAUCCGGCUGGGGUUCGGGACGGGUCGACACUUGGGCUGUAAGCAGAGGUUCGAUGGCUCGGGCAGAGAGUUUGCUCACGCCUGGUUCUUAGGAGACAUCCACUUUGACGAUGACGAACACUUCACUGGCCCCAACGCUGGGAAAGGCAUCAGUCUGCUCAAGGUGGCAGUGCAUGAGAUCGGUCACGUCCUGGGCCUCCCCCACAUCCACAGAGCCGGCUCCAUCAUGCAGCCCAGCUACCUGCCCCAAGAGUCCAGGUUUGAGAUGGACUGGACUGACCGCAGAGCCAUCCAGAACCUCUACGCAGGAGGCUGCAGGGGGCGCUUCAGCACAGUUUUUGACUGGAUCCGCACCGAGCGGACGCCUUCAGGGGAGGUGGUGGUCCGCUUCAACACCUACUUCAUGAGGGAGGGCUGGUACUGGCUCUACGAGAACCGGAACAACAGGACCCGGUACGGGGACCCGGUCUCGGUCCAGAGCGGCUGGAGAGGACUCCCCUUCAGCGGCGUUGACGCUUUCGUGCACGUGUGGAGCCGCCGCAAGGACCACGUCUACUUCUUCAAGGGUUCUCAGUUCUGGAGGUAUGACAGUGACCAGGACCAGGUCUUCAGGAGGGACCCAGAUGGUCAGACCUACCCUCGGCCAAUCACAGAGGGCUUCCCUGGGGUCCCAGCUCCCAUCGACACAGCUGUGUUCGACCGCAGAGACGGCAACAUCUACUUCUUCAAGGGAGCUCUGGUGUUUGCCUUCAGUGUGGAUUCUCAGUCUGUGGCCCGUGGUUUCCCCAGACCCCUGCGCUCGGUCUUCCCCUCUCUGGACCCGCAGGACCACCCCCACUCCGACCUGGACGCUGCCUACUUCUCCUACUCCCACAAUGCACUGUUCCUGUUCAAAGACACAGCCUUCUGGAGAGUGGCCAGCAGCCGGGACCAGAGGAGGCAGCCUCAGCAGCAGAGGAACACCCUGAUGCCCCGGAGACGGAUCCAUGAGCAGUGGUACGACAUCUGCAACGUGCACCCCACCGCGCUCCAGCUGCGCCCCUGA